GGGCCCCGCCCCUCGCGGACUCAACUUCCGCUCGGGGAAAGGCCGCUUCCGGUGCGUGGUGGCGCGUGGCCCGGCGUUAUGGCCGCGCAGCGUCCUCUGCGGGUGUUGUGCUUGGCGGGCUUCCGGCAGAGCGAGCGGGGCUUCCGCGAGAAGACAGGGGCGCUGAGGAAAGCGCUGCGGGGCCGCGCCGAGCUGGUGUGCCUCAGCGGCCCACACCCGGUCCCGGACGCAGCGGGCGCCGGGCCAGACUCUGGGCCCCACUCACCGGAGGAGCAGCCCCGAGGCUGGUGGUUUUCCGAAGGAGAGGCAGACGUUUUCUCCGCACUGGAAGAGCCCACCGUAUGUAGAGGUGUGGAGGACGCCCUGGGAACCGUGGCGCAGGCACUGAACCAGCUGGGGCCUUUUGAUGGACUCCUCGGUUUCAGCCAGGGAGCUGCACUAGCUGCUCUUGUGUGUGCCCUCGGCCAAGCAGGCGAUACCCGCUUCCCUUUGCCUCGGUUUAUCAUCCUGGUAUCUGGUUUCUGUCCACGGGGCCCUGGCCUCAAGGAACCCCUCCUGCAGGGCCCCUUGUCGCUGCCUUCACUCCAUGUUUUUGGGGACACUGACCGUGUCAUCCCCUCUCAGGAGAGUAUGCAACUGGCUAGCCGAUUCCCUGGAGCUGUCACUCUCACCCACUCUGGUGGCCACUUCAUUCCUGCAGCAGCACCCCAACGCCAGGCCUAUCUCAAGUUCUUGGACCAGUUCGCUGAGUGAAAGAGCAACAAAUAUUGUCUGUUCCUACUGCCUACCCCUAGUUGAACACAUGACCUCUGUAAUCCCUGCCAUCUCCCCUACCCUGAAAUCUCCACUACUGUUAAGUGUUCCUCACCAUCACCCAUUAAGAGACAAAUGUCAAUUCUUAAGACUGAAAUAAUAUAAGCCCAGCACUCACGAAAGAGAAUCAGAGGUCUUAUUGGAUUUUGACCUUAGCAGCUGAUGAAAAAAAAAAGCCUGUGGAUCCCUGGAUAAAAGGAGAUUGACAUGGGAGAUACAGGGUUGGCACCACUGUGAGCGCCACAAAAUAAAGUGGUGGUUUGGAUUUUGAA